UGGUGCGCUGUGUCCCUCAGAUACAGCAGAUCACCGAUCCACGUAAAGAGCCGAAGAUGUCGGCUCGGUCAUGUGAUCAGCUGUGUCCAAUCACAGCUGAUCACAUCAGUGCCACCUGUCAGUGUCCAUCAGUGCCAUGUGUCAAUGCUCAUCCAUGCCAUCUGCCAGUGCCCAUCAGUGUCACAUCAGUGCCACAUUUCAGUACCUACCAGUGCACAUCAAUGCCACAUAUCAGUCCCCAUCUGAGCUGCCUUUCAGUGUCACCCAUCAGUGCCACCUAUCAGUGCUGCCAGUCAGUGCCACCUAUCAGUGCUGUCAAUCAGUGCCACUUAGUGCAGCCUAUCAGUGCCAGUCAGUGCCACCUAUCAGUGCUGCCUAUCAGUGCCCAUCAGUGCUGCCUAUCAGUGCCGCCUAAUAGUGCCAGUCGGUGCCACCUAAUAGUGCCAUAUAUGAGU